AAAUCGUCUAAAUUGAAUACUCGUACACGCAAAUAUAAUAUAAUAAGUAUAACAAUGUAUUCAACAAUUCUAUGUAAAAAAUUUUUGUCUGGUUCACUCUUACAUGACCUGAAUAGAUCGCUGAAUGUUGAUGCAAUCAGUGCGUUGAAUAAUAGUUCUUUCGGUGCCAAACUGUUUAGCCACAACACAAACAGCAUCGGAGUUAAACAUGACAAAAAGCAACCACAACAGUCGUCGUUUCUGCGACCUAAUAGUAUCAAUUGCUUGACAUCGAUAGGCAUCCACCGGCAUUACUGCAAUAAGAAUUACAGGCCAUUCCCGGAAGUACCAGAAUUUCCACCAAUCAUUUGGCCAAACAUGUUUAAGUCUUUCAAAGCUCUACUAUAUUCAUAUCUAAUAAUCAAACCACAAUUUGACAAAGACUUCAGUCUUGGAGAAUUCUCCAAAAACUCCCGAAAGGCUGUUGAAGUAGUGUCUAAUUGCAUUUCCAAACGUGACUUCUCCACAUUACAGGGGCUAGUCACUAACGAUGUGCUGGAACAGGUGAAAUCAAUAAUAUCAGAUCUCAGUGACAAUGAAAUAAAAGACAUGGCAUUUGAUAACGAUGACAUGUAUUUAUUUUUACCAGUACAGUUAGAUAUUAUUAAUGACACAAAGUUUAAAGACCGGCGUUUUGUUGAAAUAACUAUGUGCUAUCAUGCAAUUCAUAAUUUAGAAGAGAUCAAAAAAAGAUCUGAAGAAAUUGUAGACAUACAAAAAGAAUUAAAGAGUAAUAUAUUUGUGUUGAACUAUAGGUUUAUUAGAGAAUAUACAGAAGGAGUCAAAGAUGCAUGGACUAUAAAUGCAAUCAAUCAUUUAAAAGCUGAAGAACACGAUAAAACAAUUUUAUAAAUGGAAUUAUACUAUAUUCUUGUAACUAAAAUACCUUUACAUUUAGAUUUCUUACUAUAUGAUUUUGAAUAAUUAAAUAAUAUUUAUUAACA